GACAUGAGAAUGUGAAAUAUGUCAAUAAAUGAACCAAAUUAAAUAGGCCACUCCUACCACCACCGCUUUCCAUGUGCUCAGGGCUGCGGAGCUCAGAGCUCGGAGCGGAGCAAACCAUCCAUACCCACCCAUCCCCCGACUCUCCAAACCAAAUCCGAAAACCCUUCCUUUCUCAUUCUCCAUAGAAAACAUUCGAAAACCUAAUCAAACUCCACCACCACCACCAUCACCAUCAUCGGCCUCCGAACCAGAGCUUCAAUGAGUGCCACCAGUCUCCUCCCACCACCUCAAGAUGCCUGGCUUCAUACUUACCACAAAUUACUUCCCCACUGGCAAUCCUAUGCUCUUCCUCGCUCUCCUCAGUCUAUUAUACCCAUUACAAUAUCAAGAGUAAAUCAAAUUGAUGCAGCAAGACUUGACAUUGAAAUGUCAGCUAUGUUAAAAGAGCAGCUGGUCAAGGUUUUCUCUUUAAUGAAGCCAGGAAUGCUAUUUCAGUAUGAAGCUGAGCUCGAUGCUUUCCUUGAGUUUCUUAUUUGGAGAUUCUCAAUUUGGGUUGAUAAGCCUACUCCAGGGAUAUCUCUCAUGAACUUGAGGUAUAGAGAUGAACGUGCGAUGGAGACUAGAGGCAAAGUCAGAACUGGCCUGGAAGGACCCGGUCUUACAGUUGCCCAGAAGCUUUGGUACUGUGUUGCAACUGUUGGUGGUCAAUACAUCUGGGCUCGUUUACAGUCUUUCUCUGCUUUUCGUCGAUGGGGUGAUUCUGAGCAGAGAACAUUGGCACGGCGAGCAUGGAUUUUAAUACAGCGAAUAGAAGGCUUUUAUAAAGCUGCCUCAUUUGGCAACCUGCUGAUAUUUCUUUAUACCGGAAAGUAUAGGAAUCUCAUCGAAAGAGUUUUAAGAGCCAGACUUGUCUAUGGAAGCCCUAAUAUGAACCGAGCUGUUAGUUUUGAGUACAUGAAUCGCCAGUUAGUGUGGAAUGAAUUCUCGGAAAUGUUGUUGUUGCUUCUUCCUCUUCUCAACUCAUCAUCUGUGAAAAGUUUUCUUCACCCAUUUUCAAAAGAUAAAUCUUCAAGUUCUGCUGAAGAUGACUCUACUUGUCCCAUAUGCCAGGCUAAUCCAACCACUCCGUUUAUUGCCCUUCCCUGUGAGCACAGAUACUGUUACUACUGCCUUAGAACAAGGUGUGCUGCAGUUCCAUCAUUUCGAUGCUUGAGAUGCAAUGAGCCAGUUAUUGCUAUACAGCGGCAUGGUGGGGUCACUAAUCCUGUCUCAAAGUAGUAAGUACAACCGUAUGAAAAGUUUCAUUAAGAAGCUUUUACAACAAAAUAGCACAGUAAUAAUGCUUGAAAAGUAACUUUUUCUUUUAUCCCUUUUUAUUAAGCAUUACAGUUCAACUAAAGGUGUAAUAUUUGAGUCAAGAAUUCAGAUACCCUGUAAAAUCAUUCAUUCACGAUCUAUUAAGUGGAAAGGUUCAUUCUUUGUCAA